GUACGUCAUCGGUACCCAGGUACCCGGAGCUCCGUAAUUUCCCACGUGCGCGUCUUGCCAAUCUGGCCGUAUCCUCUACCUACCUACUUACCCUAGCAUCCUCACUCUUCCUCAUCGUCCCCUUCGCCCGUCUCAUCGCCGACGUAGCCUUGCGCCCUCUGCUGACACCCGCGCCUACAUGUUUCUUGGAUGCGCUGUUUUGGUUGUAUUGCGUGGUAUGUAGGCAAGUAUUUAGUAGGAUCGAUCGGCUGGUCAAAGGGGUAGUGACCUGCUGUUCGCGAUACUAGCGAGGUGAGGCGGAGCCUCCCACCCGCCCGUCAUGAGUCGCUCGCCCGCGUCUUCGGGCCUAUUGCCCAUGCCUGGAUCGCCGUCGUCGUCCUGGGCCCUCUACCGGGCUCGGCUCGCCGCCGUCUUCCGGGACACCGACGCGUCGGUCCUGGCCGCCUUCUGGCUUUUUGGCUUAAUCAACAAUGUCCUGUAUGUCAUCAUCCUCUCCGCAGCCCAAGACCUCGUCGGGUCCGAGGUGCCUAAGGGAGUCGUCCUGCUCGCCGAUGUCAUGCCCUCGUUCCUGACCAAGUUGGUCGCCCCCUACUUCAUACAUAAGGUCCCCUACUGGCUGCGGGUGAUCGUCUUCGUCGUCGGCUCGUCACUCGGCAUGUUCCUCAUCGCACUUACGCCGCCCGACAAGUCCGUCAGCGUCAAGAUGGCCGGUGUCGUAUUCGCAAGCCUGAGCAGCGGCGGCGGCGAGCUAAGCUUCCUCGGCCUGACCCAUUACUACGGCCACAUGAGCCUGGCUGCGUGGGGAAGUGGCACCGGCGCGGCCGGUCUCGUCGGCGCAGGCCUAUACGUCGCCCUCACCGACUGGUUCAACUUUGGCGUUAGGAACAGUCUACUAGCCUCUGCAUUCUUACCUCUGGUGAUGCUCGUUAGUUUCUUUUGCAUACUCCCUAGAGGACCGCUUCAUCAAGGCCAGCGAAGGAAAGAGUACCAGUCUCUACCGGAUGGAGACCCGGCUCCGGAUGAUGUCGAGGACGAUUUUCCCUCUACCGAGACGACAUCUAGUCUGCUGUCGCCCGAGUCCGGGUCGGGAACUAAUAGGGCGGAUUCUCUGUCCCAGUUCCAGGCAAACAUGCGGCGGGCGAAAUUGCUAUUCUUCCCUUACAUGCUACCGCUGUUAUUGGUCUACGUCGCCGAAUACACGAUUAACCAGGGCGUAUCACCGACGCUGCUGUAUCCGCUGGAGUCCACGCCCUUCACCGAAUAUCGUGACUUCUAUCCUAUGUACGGCUUCCUGUACCAGCUUGGCGUCUUCGUAUCCCGCACCUCGAUCGCGUUCGUUCGAAUCCGACACCUCUACAUCCCUUCCUUCCUUCAGGUGGGCAACCUCGUCCUCCUAACGCUGCACGCGCUGCUAGCUUUUAUCCCGAGCGUGUACAUAAUCUUUGUCAUCAUAUUCUGGGAAGGCCUUCUAGGCGGAGCAGUAUACGUGAAUACGUUCGCCGAAAUCAUGCACAAUGUUCCCGCCACCGAGCGAGAAUUUAGCCUUAGCGCGACGAGCGUCAGCGAUAGCGGCGGCAUCUGUAUCGCCGGCUUUUUGGGCAUGGCUAUGGAAGUGUGGCUUUGCAACUGGCAGGUUCAACACGGCAGAGACUGGUGCAAGAGAAUCGAAGCUAGCUAGAGAACAAUACAUUGGAUAAGCGGCGCCUACGGACCUGUGAUAUAUUGUGAGUAAAGGGGUUUAGGGGGACGUUAUGGCUAGGCGUUAACGGAAUUUCAUACAUUUAUUAAUGAUUAGCAAGUUGACUUUGUCCUCCUCUUCUCCUCCGCUAGGAGGGGAGAAAGAGGGAGAGGACCGGGUAGAGCAGACUUCAUGUAACCCUCUUAGUCAAGCUGGACCAACGAUGCGAUCUGCCUGUCCCCCGUCAUAGUCGCUGUGCCAGCUCUGGUUCGGGCAUGGCCAGCCCCAGUCCAGGUCCAUGUUCAGGGCGCCGCCGCUCCAUUGCGCAGGCGGUAGGAUCCUGUUUUCGGUCCGAAAAGUUAGUGCCCAUCCCCCAUCCCCCCCCAGAUCGCUCACGGACCGGGGGCGAGGUAGAAUCUGUCGGGUGGGUAUGGACUGUUGACGUACAUGUCCCACUGCACGUCGUUUCCCAUCAUGAGGUUCGGCGUGACGUUGCCGAAGCUGUCGUCCACGAAGUCGUCCAGGUCCAUGUUCUCGGGGGCGUAGACGUAGCUGGGGAUCCCGGCCGCCACGUCCUGCUCGAGCUCGGGGCACCUUUUCCCCUGCGGGUAGCUGCCGGGGGACACCUGGUCCUCGGCUGUGGCCACGGUGUCGCCGCCGCUGCUGCU